AUCCACCUCUCCUAAACUCUGGUGAAUUCCCUUUUGGUCAGCUGUCUGCUAUCCAGAGUGUGGGACUUGGUAACUUGUCUGCAAGCAAAAUCAUUCAUGGCAGGUGCAAUAAAGCUUCUCUCCAGACUUCCAGUUUUAAAGUCGGUUAGGAGCCCUAGAUUGCCUUAUAGAAUCAAGAGCCAAACCUGCAGUGGAUUGCCACCUCUGGAUUAUUCAGACUGUGAAGCCCUGUACAAAAAUGUGCCAGAACAUUUUAAUUUUGCAAGAGAUGUGCUGGAUAAAUGGCACCAAACGGAGAAGGAAGGAAAGAGACCUUCCAAUCCUGCUCUUUGGUGGAUAAGUGACAAAAAUGAGGAGGUGCGGUGGAGUUUUGAGGAGGUGGCACACUUAUCUAGGAAAGCAGCCAAUGUGUUCUCUGAAGUUUGCAAUUUGCAGAAGGGAGACCGAAUCAUAAUCAUGCUCCCAAGGGUACCUGAGUGGUGGUUGAUCACCAUGGGCUGCAUCAGAGCAGGUAUCGUCUUCAUUCCCGCCACAAUCCUAUUGACUCCUAAAGACAUACUGUACAGGUUCCAGCAAUCUCAGGCCAAAUGCAUAGUUACAAAUGAUGCCUUAGCUCCACUGAUUGACUCUAUUGCAUCCGAUUGCCCCUCACUGAAAAAUCGGGUGCUGGUCUCCAAAGACAGCAGGAGAGAAGGAUGGCUGAACUUCCAUGACCUGCUCAACGCUGCAGAGGAUGGUCACCAACCUGUUAAAACAAAGAGCAAAGAUCCAAUGACCAUCUACUUUACCAGUGGAACCACGGGUUAUCCCAAAAUGGUGGAACAUUCUUGUGGCAGUUUGGGGAUUGGGCUGACAGCUACUGGAAGGUACUGGAUGGAUCUAAGCUCUUCAGAUGUGAUCUGGAGUAUGUCUGACACAGGUUGGAUCAAAUUUGCCUUCAGCAAUUUGUACCCUACAUGGAUCCAAGGGGCGUGUGUCUUUUCACACGGCAUGCGCCAGUACAAUCCGACGGUUGCUCUCAUGACUCUCACUAAGUAUCCAGUGACAGUUUUCUGUGGCGCCCCAACUAUUUACCGCAUGCUUCUUCAGCACGACGUUAGCAGGUACAAGUUCAAGAGCCUGAGACGUUGCCUGACUGGUGGGGAGCCAACCAACACUGAACUGAUGGAGCAGUGGAAAGCACAGACAGGCCUGCAAAUCUAUGAAGGCUACGGGCAGACAGAGACCACUAUGAUAUGUUCAACUAGGAGAGGUAUGAAAGUCAAGCCUGGCUUUAUUGGAACGCCGGCCCCUCCCUUUGAUGUCCAGAUAAUCGAUGAACAUGGCAAUCGCCUGCCUCCUGGGGAAGAAGGAGACAUUGCUGUUAAAAUCAAACCGCAAAGGCCUCUAGGUCUCUUUUCUGGCUAUGUGAAUGACCCUGAGAAAACAGCCUCAACGGAACGUGGGGAUUUCUUCAUCACUGGGGACAGAGGGAUCAUGGAUGAAGAAGGAUACAUGCGGUUUGUUGCAAGAGCUGAUGACAUCAUUUUAUCCUCUGGGUAUCGCAUUGGGCCCAAUGAAGUUGAAAAUGCCUUAAUGCAGCACCCAGCCGUGGCAGAAUCCGCUGUCGUCAGCAGCCCAGAUCCUAUCCGAGGAGAGAUUGUAAAAGCUUUCAUCAUCCUGUCGCCUGCCUACGAAUCGCAGGAGAAAGGAAAAUUAAUUCUUGAACUGCAAGAACAUGUCAAAAAGGCAACAGCUCCAUACAAGUACCCCAGAAAGAUUGAGUUUGUGCACCACUUACCCAAGACAAUUUCUGGAAAAAUCCAAAGGAAGGAGCUGAGGAAGAAGGAGUGGGGGACAGUAGCAUAGUGGCAAAUUCAGAAGUGCAGGGUCCCUUCAUGAUAGUCAAAACCACACCACCUCUUCUGUGUGUUUUUUUGCUCCUGUGUUGAGAAUGAUAUCCUUGUUAAUACCUUCUCCCACAACAACAGACAUCCCUAGGAACCAAUAACCAUGAAAGGGGACAGUGUUAGCUACUGAAAAGAGUCUUCUCAGUGGCUGAUUCAUCUCCUUUCACUCUGAUUGGCUCAUAGGACACUGGAGACAUAGGGACCCUGCUGUGACCUUGCUCCUAAAAAAGUAAGAGGGGGUGAAAGCCUAAUGGGACUCUGAAACCAACAUGAAAGGAUUGGCUGUUAUUUGUCUCAACAGUCUCACAGGAUGGAUGAGCAGACAAAUGAUCAUGGUGCUGAUGGUGAACUCUUUCCCUCUGUGGUUAUUUGGAUGUCAGCAUUCAACAAAGUUCCAUUGCCUCAUCAUGGCUGUAAAAUGAUUAAUUUGCUUGCUUAUAACUGACACUGGUAAAUAAGACACCACUGAGCAUACGGUAACAUAUUAUGGGGUUUCUGUCUAUGCAUGAAGUCUGACAAUGAAAAUAAAAUGAAUAGCCUUCAAGUUGA